AUGCCACUCAUAUUGAACAAACUGGACGCGAGCCCGCCCGCCCGGGCCUGCCUCAUGUUGCUGGAGAUCCUCGGCCUCGACGUGGACCUGAGGGACGUGCACCUGUGGAGCGGCGCCCACCGCACGCCCGAGUACCUCACCAAGAACCUCACACACACGGUUCCGCUGCUGGAAGACGGCGAGUUCUACCUCAGCGACAGCCACGCGAUCAACACCUACCUCGUGACCAAAUACGGGGGGGUAUUAAAGGACCAGCUCUACCCCGACGACGCGCAGAAGCGUGCGGCGGUGGACUCCCGACUAUUCCUGGACGCAUCGUCAGUGUUCGUCAGGUUCCAAACGGCAAUGAGGGACGUCGUGUAUAACGGGGCGACUGGCAUAAGCGACGAGCACGUUAACGCCUUCGACGAGGCGUACGGAUACCUCGACGCGUAUCUUCAGAGGGGCGCGUAUCUUGCGGGUGAUCAGCUGACGCUGGCGGAUGUUUCAGCGGUGGCAACGGUUGCCGCUAUGUCGGGUCUGGUCCCCGUAGACGCGAAGCAUAACAGGCUGAACGAGUGGUUUGCUAAGCUGACCAAGAACGAAUGGUACCAGAAAAGCGCUCCGGGAAAUGCUCAACUGAUCUCCUUCAUCCAACAGAUGAUUAAGAGAAACUCUAGGACACCA